ACUAUUCGUGAAGUGAUGCUGUCACCAACAAAGAGCCGUUGGGGAGUAAUGAAGAAUGGACAGUUUGAAGAGAAAACCAACUUUGCACUAAAGCUCAAAUACAGUGUAGCAACAUCACUUCCAUCUGGACCGGGCUAUGUUGUAGAUGUUGUUCGAUCGGCAGACAAGAAAACAGGGACCGCCUUUUUCCUGUGCAGCCAGCCACAGAAAGAUGUUCAUCACUUUGUCCAUGCAAUCCAGACAUCUUUCAAGGUGGACAACAAGCCAGAAGAUGGGGGUUUCUUUUCAACCCUAACCAAGAAUGAACUGUUACGUUUGGUGACAGAUUUAGACAAGGAGCUAAGAGAAAAUG